AUGAAAUUUAAGGAUAACUGUUGCUUGGGAGUAAAUAUACAUCUUUAUAUGUUAAUAAUAAUAAUUGUAACUUACUUUAAUUCUGUUUAUACUAUUAGAUAUAGAGAUGGAAAUUUGAGUAAAUUACUUACUAAUGUUGCAACUAGUGCAAUAGCUCAAGGUGCUCAAGAUUUAACGGGAUCACCUGUUAUUGGUAAUCCAUCAAUGAUUAAUUCUUUCUUACUUCCUUCAACACCAGUAAUAAAUCCUUUAACAAAUACUGGGGCACAACCUGGUAUUGUUGGAAUGAAUACUAAUUUAAAUAACGAAGUGUCAAGACAAAUGAGACUUGGAAUGGGAACAGAAACUAAUAUGAUGAAAUAUGGAAUGACUAAUGAUAUAACCGAAUAUAAUGCUAAUAUUGGUAGAUCCUUCACUAUAGGAUAUUCUUCAUUUUCGGUUAUUGGAUUUUUAAUUAUUGUCUUUAUGUUAAUAUGUAUGAUUAUGCUCAUAUGCAGGCGUUGUACCAAAGAUGAUGAUUAA